AUGCCGGCGACGGUAUCGAAGUCUUCUAAAAAUCAAUUCAGGAGGGCCAAAAAGAAGGCAAAGAAGGCAGAGGCGACGCCAACUCCUGAUACCAUUAAGGAUGCAGUGACGCCUGUGGAAGAGACGGAGACUGAGCGAUCAAAAGAAGGACCAACCGUUGAAUCUGUGCAGAUUUCCGAAAUCGACGCCGAAGAUCCGCUUUUUGCCCAGUUCAAGGAUAUCAUUAGCAGGUUUGGACGAGAGGACAAGGAUGAUACCACCGAAAAUGAGCCCGAAAAACCCGAAGUGUAUUUUGACGAUGAUGACGAUAUUCCGGAUGAAGAGGAUAGUACCCCGAAAAUAUCCAAGAAAGCGAAGAAGCGGGCUACUCAAUUAUCUGUAGCGGAACUUAAGGCACUCGUUCGAAACCCCGAUAAAGUGGAAUGGACAGACACAUCUGCCUCUGAUCCUCGACUAUUGGUUCAUUUGAAGUCCUACCGGAAUGUCGUACCUGUUCCGGGACACUGGAGUCUCAAAAGGGAGUACCUUUCCUCAAAACGGGGCAUAGAGAAGCCUCCAUUCACGCUCCCCAAAUUCAUUCAAGAGACGGGUAUUGCGGAGAUGAGAGACGCUGUUCUCGAAAAGCAAGACCAGGCGAGCCUGAAACAAAAGCAAAGAGAGAGGGUGCAACCAAAAAUGGGACGAUUGGACGUGGAUUACCAGAAACUCUAUGAGGCAUUCUUCAGAUUUCAGACCAAGCCGGAGUUGACUCGAUAUGGAGAAGUCUAUUAUGAGGGGAAAGAGUAUGAAACAAACUUACGACAUCUACGACCCGGAGAAUUGAGCGACGAGUUGAAAGAGGCGCUCAAUAUACCACCGGGAGCACCACCACCUUGGCUCAUAAAUCAACAAAGAUUUGGUCCUCCCCCGUCCUACCCAGCGUUGAAGAUACCAGGGCUUAAUGCCCCUCCACCUCCUGGGGGCCAAUGGGGGUUUCAUCCGGGGGGUUACGGAAAGCCGCCUGUAGAUGAAUACAAUAGACCUUUAUACGGGGGAGAUAUCUUUGGUGUCUUACAACCUCAGCAAAAUACGCAGCUUGGCGAGCCUGUGGAGAAAACGCUUUGGGGAGAGCUUCAAGAGCCCGAGGAAGAAUCAGAGGAAGAAGAGGAGGAAAGCGAGGAGGAAGAGGAAGAGGAGGAAGGUCACGAGGAAGAUAUUGGAGCUGGUUUGCAGACACCAAGCGGGCUUGAGACUCCAGGAGGUUUGGCAUCGGCCGUUCCUUCUGAAUACGGCGUCGCUGAGAGUGUAGGCGGGGACUUCGAUCUGCGUAAACAACGUAGAGGAACGGAGACAGAAGAAUCAACGGGUCCUCGCACCGCUUACCAAAUACUCCCGGAGCAUUCAAUUCGAAGUCAAGGGUUCUUUGGUGGGGAGCGCGCCUACGAUCUUCGCGGUGCACAGCAAGAUCAUGAUCAGAACCAGAAUCUGCCUGUACUUGGCCAGGACGAUCAAACUCGGAAGCGUAAAAAGCCGGGAGAUAUUGAUGUCUCAAUCGAUGUGGACUCAUUACAAGCACAAGAUGGAUUGAGCAAGGAAGAGAUCAGAAGACAAUUCGAGGAGUCGAAGCAAGAGGAGCAGAACCGAUGGGGCUUUCAGGAAGACUUGAGCGAUAUGAUUGCAAAUGAAAGCCGGAAAAGAUUACGCAGGGACGAGGAACGGAGGACAAAUCGCUAA